AUGCCUUCAAGCAAUUAUGUGCCGGAACGUACUCGUAGUAGGCAAAUCUCAAGCCAUUAUACAUCGGAACGUUCUCGUAGUAGACAAAUCUCAAUUAAUAUAAAAGAAGGCGAUAAGGACAAUUUAACUACCGAACCUAUAUCAUUAUCAUGGAAAGAUUUAUCAUAUACGAUAACUGACCCAAAAAGCAAAAAGCAAAAGUGUAUAAUUCGAAAUGCGAGUGGAAUCGUUAAUCCUGGAGAAGUCUUGGCUAUCAUGGGACCAAGUGGUGCAGGAAAAUCAACAUUCCUAGAUUUAUUAGCUGGACGUAAAAAUCCUAGUUUAGUCACGGGACAAAUGUAUUUGAAUGGCAAACCAGGCAACGUUAAAUACGUGUCAACGUAUGUAAUGCAAGAUGAUGCCUUGAUGGGAGUUCUUACAGUGCGAGAAAAUAUCCAAUUUGCUGCAGAUCUAUGCUUUCCAGAAACUUUCACCUAUGAAGAGAGAAGAACAAGAGUACAAUCCAUAAUAGAAGAAUUCGGUUUAGAAAGGGUGGCAGAUAGUAAGAUAGGGACUGUUUUUGUGAGAGGAAUAAGCGGGGGUGAAAAAAGAAGAUGUGCAAUAGCAUCACAAGUUCUCACAUUGCCUAGGGUUAUAUUUCUUGAUGAACCGACCACUGGCUUGGAUUCUCUCGCAGCAUACAAUGUAAUGAAUGUGAUCGUUAGCAUGGCAAAAAGUUAUAGACUUACAGUUGUGUUGAGCAUACAUCAACCAUCAACUGAAACUUAUUCCCUGUUCGACAAGCUUUGUUUGCUCGGACUCGGAAAGACAUUGUAUUUCGGUAAGAGGGAUGAAGCAACCACAUAUUUUGAGGGAUUGGGACAUCCAUGUCCUCGGUUCGCUAAUCCAGCAGAUCAUUUCCUGAGAUUGGUUAAUAGCGAUUUCAUGAAAGACGUGACUGAGGCUCGACACCAUAUUAAGAGUUUUAGUGAAUCUUUCAAAAAUUCUCCAACAAAGACAAAGAUAGACUCACAAAUUACUAAAGCAAUUGCGUACGGAAGCAAAGAAGUAAAUACAAACACAGAUUUAAAGAAAAAAAGAUAUGCUCGCAACUACAUUAUGCAAACAGCAAUUUUAACGAAAAGAUCACUCAAGAAUGCAGUGAGAAAUAUAUUGGUCUACUGGAUAAGAGUGGUGAUGUAUAUGUCUUUGGCUGUUCUCAUGGGUUCUACCUGGUGGCAAAUUGGAUAUGAUCAAAAAAGAAUAGAAGAUCGAUUUUCGGUCCAUUUCUUCUCAGUAGCAUUUUUAGUAUUUAUGAGUGUGGCUGGAAUCCCCGGGUUCUUGGAAGAAAGAUUGGUAUUUCAAAGGGAACGUUCGAAUGGAUUUUAUUCAGUUGGGCCGUAUAUAAUUGCUAACACAUUGAUUACAAUGCCAUUUAUAAUGAUCAUCACACUAUCAUUUUCCAUGAUUAUGUAUCCAAUGGUCGGAUUACAUUCAGGUUUGGAUCAUGUGGUGAUAUUCUUGGUUAAUCUUUUUUUGGUGUUGAUGGUGGCAGAAUCAAUGGUUAUAUUUAUUUCGGCAUUAAUCCCAAUUUUCGUGGCCAGUCUUACCAUUGUGGCAUUCGCCAAUGGAUUUUUUAUGGUAGUGGAAGGAUAUUUUGUGAGAAGAGACGCAAUUCCAAAACUUUGGAAAUGGGCUCAUUAUAUAGAUUAUCAAAAAUACGCAUUUGAGGCUAUCAUCAAAAAUGAUUUCCUUGGUUUGACUUUUGAUUGUUCACAAGCCAAUUGUAAAUGUAGGUUCGGAGGAGAUGUUGCAGAUAAGAAUUGUUCAUUUACCGGAAAAGACGUUUUAGAUGAUUACGGUUACACUGAAAUUGAGUUUGUUAAAUGGGCGAUCCCUGUGCUUAAACCAAAUAAACCUCCUAGUUCGGGAGACGCUUACUUGAGUUUGGUAAGGAAUGAAGCCAAGAAAAUGCCUGAUAUCAUAAUGGCAAAACACCCCAUAAAGCGAGUACCAAUCAAUAACAAUUCGAAUGUCAAGAUGGCGGCUUGGGUAAGGACUGGCUGGGCAAAUUUAGAAAAUGAUGACAACGACGACGACGACAAUGGACAACAAGAUAACAAAGUGAAUAAUAGUCUAGUAAAUAAAGAAUGGGAGGAAAGAUUUUUAUUUAGAUUUGAAAAAUUAAGAAAGGAUUUAGAAGAAUUUAAAAUGUCUAAUGAUAGAUCAGGUGUAAAAAAACUACCAAAGCGUCAAGAUGAACCUGGUUGGUUUAAAUUUUGUUAUGGCGAGCAAGAAAAAACAAAUGAACUGGAGGAAAUUAAAAUGAUAUGUUCGCCUAGCUUAAGCAUUAUAAAAAGAUUAGAUCAAGCAACUACAUAUUCAGUCCUUUCAUAUCAUAUCAAAUGGUUAAAAGAUGAUGAUAUUACAGUCAGACAAUCUCAAUGGAUGUUUGCGCUUUUAUUACAUCUUGAUAAAUUAUUAACUGCGGGACAAAUAAGUAAUUUGAGAGUACUAUGCAAAAAAUGUAUUGAAAUUCGUGGAAAUCUGGUGGUUGAAAAGAACGAUCAAAAAAUUGCAAUGUUAAAUAUAAUAAUCACAAUUGUAAAAAGGUAUUUUGGUCAGCAAGAUCUUGGCUAG